AUGGCUAGCCUGCGUAGCCUUGAGGUGCCGGUCGAGUUCUUCACACCUGCGCCCGGGGUCGCCAUACCUGCCGACAUUAUGGAGCUGCGAGAGGCACUAUCCGCCGUUGAGGCCAAGGAGUCGCUGCUGCCAGCGGUCCUGCGUUCGCACCCCGACUUUCAAGGCAACACGCGGACCUGGAGCGCCGCCGAACGCGACGCGGUGCUUCAAAACCACGAGCGGCUCCGCGACGUUGUGGACGAAUCACGCGAGUCGGCCGAGACACAUAGGUCCGAGGCCGCGUGGAACUCGCUCGUGCAUAGCCACCUUCUCAAGCACGUAACCCAGCACAUGCAGCACCUCAAAUUCGAAGACAUCACCUCGGCGCGAAUCAUGUCGGCUUUUUGCCCAAAAUUGUCGUCCAGCGAGCAAACGUCGGCGGCGGCGGCCAGUCUCGCUGCCAGCAACACGUCGGGACGCGGGCUGACCGCUGCUUCGGCAACGUCAGUUCAUAAGAUGGUCAACUUUGCCCUGGUGGUGCAUCCCUCGUCUGUGCUGCAGACACUGAUUGACCAGUUCCUCAAAGGAGAACCUUGGGAGACGCAGUCGAUCAACCAAACGCGCUACGAGCCGCUGCGCACGCGACCCGCGCCCAUCUUCAUCGAGACCAGGACGGUGUCGGGCACCAAGGAGAACGCCAACGUGCAGCUGGGCAUCUGGGUCGCCGCAUGGCGCGAGCGUAUGCGCUCCAUUAUGGCGCUAGCAGGAGCUGAAGAAGAGAAGCUCCUGACGCUACCGGUGAUUCAGGUCAUGGACAGCGCGUGGUCGGUGUCGUUCGUGGUGGACCAUGGCACGCAUAUUCGCAUCAUCGACGAAGACUACGUGAUUGGUGACACAAACUCCAUGUUAGGCAUCUAUCAGCUCCAAGCUUCAAUGAUGGCGCUCGGAGCAUGGGUGAAAGAUGUGUUUGAGCCCUGGUUUACGAAUCUGCUGACGCGCGCCGUGCAGAGCCGGGGGGACCCGACUGCCGCACGGUGUUGA